UGAGGAUACAGGCCGUUCUUUCGAGAAAGGCUAAAGGAGGUGAAAUUGUGAAUUUCAUUGAACGAACGUAAGAGCGAGCUCCAGCUUAGAGUGGUGUGCUUUCUUUUAUAAGUUUGCACUUUAGCCAGUUUCGCUCUUUUACCCGUUUGACUAUCUGCAAGAGCUUUCGGGUUAAAUCGCCUCCUCUAAGUUAACCGGAAUUUUGGAGCCAUCGGGAUUUAUAUAAGCGCAGGACGGCCAAGAGUGAUGCACGCCCUGCUGGUGACGUACCUGGCCCUGUACAGCGUCGGGGCGGGUGCGACGACGCCUCCCCCUGUGGGAGGAUACCAGUCCUCGGACUCCGCAGUGGACUGCGAACAACUGAUAGAUGCGGCGUCGACAUGCUUGGACAACGAGCACGGAGCCGACACAGAGUACUCCAGGUAUAAGCUAAGCCACGCCCACGCUAGGACGGCACUGCGCAGCUGCGUGCAGAUUCAGUUCGACAAAGCCAGAGCUGCGAACCGGAGUUGUUCGGUUCGGUCCUUCACCGACUGCUUAACUGAAGCACUGGGCGACGAAACGAACAAGGAACACGAAGCUGGUGCGAAGCACUUCGUUGGAAAAAUAACGAGCUGCAUGCAGCAGAAGUUGCCACAAGUUCGCGCACGGGCCUUCUUCGUACUGAUGACUACGGUGCUGGCGGGGCACGGCGACAACGAACACAAAACGGAGAUGCCCUUCGAGAUGCCCCUCAUGAUGACCACGUCGGGCCGAACGUCAUAGGCAUUGUGUACUUCCGUGGCACCCUCUGUAUCUCGUGCUUUUAUUGCUUCCGUGAAAAAUAAAAAAACCAAAAGAUAA